AUGGCCGCCUUGUAUCAGAGUGCGGACCCGUCCGCUUCGGCCUCUCCCAACAAGCUGCUAGCGUUGAAGGAUGUGCGGCAGGUGAAGGAGGAGACCACCCUGGACGAGAAACUCUUCUUGCUGGCCUGCGACAAAGGUGACUAUUACAUGGUUAAGAAACUCUUAGAGGAAAACAGAUCGGGUGAAAUGAACAUAAAUUGUGUGGAUGUGCUUGGACGAAAUGCUGUUACCAUAACUAUUGAAAAUGAAAACUUGGACAUACUACAGCUUCUCUUGGAUUAUGGCUGUCAGUCAUCGGAUGCACUUUUGGUGGCUAUUGACUCUGAAGUGGUGGGAGCUGUUGACAUUCUACUUAAUCACCGACCAAAAAGAUCCUCCAGACCAACCAUUGUAAAACUCAUGGAACGCAUUCAGAACCCAGAGUACUCUACAACCAUGGAUGUGGCACCUGUCAUUUUAGCUGCUCAUCGGAACAACUACGAAAUUCUCACCAUGCUACUGAAGCAAGAUAUAUCCUUGCCUAAGCCUCAUGCUGUAGGCUGUGAAUGCACGCUGUGUACUGCAAAGAACAAAAAAGACAGCCUGCGACAUUCCAGGUUUCGUCUUGACAUUUAUCGGUGUUUGGCCAGUCCUGCUUUAAUCAUGUUGACAGAGGAGGAUCCAAUCUUACGAGCUUUUGAACUUAGUGCAGACUUGAAAGAAUUAAGCCUUGUUGAGGUUGAAUUCAGAAACGACUAUGAGGAGCUAGCUCGGCAGUGCAAAACCUUUGCUAAAGAUUUGCUUGCACAAGCACGGAAUUCACGGGAGCUGGAGGUUAUUCUGAAUCACACAUCUAGCGAUGAACAUGUAGACAAGCGAGGAUUGUUGGAAGAGAGGAUGAACUUGAGUCGAUUAAAACUUGCCAUCAAGUAUAAUCAAAAAGAGUUUGUUGCUCAGUCUAACUGCCAGCAGUUCCUAAACACUGUGUGGUUUGGACAGAUGGCAGGCUAUCGACGCAAGCACACAUGCAAGAAAAUUUUGACUGUUUUGAUGGUUGGCAUUUUCUGGCCACUUCUGUCUCUGUGUUACUUGUUAGCUCCUAAAUCUCGACUGGGUCGAAUAAUUCACACUCCUUUUAUGAAGUUUAUUAUUCAUGGAGCUUCAUAUUUCACGUUUUUACUGUUACUUAAUUUGUAUUCCCUUGUCUACAAUGAGAAUAAGAAGAAUACAAUGGGACCAGCACUUGAGAGGAUAGACUAUCUUCUGAUAAUAUGGCUAAUUGGAAUGGUGUGGUCAGAUGUUAAAAGACUGUGGUAUGAUGGUUUAGAAGACUUUUUGGAAGAAUCUCGUAAUCAGCUUAGUUUUGUCAUGAAUUCCCUGUAUCUGGCAACUUUUGCUCUAAAAGUAGUUGCCCAUAACAAGUUUCAUGAUUAUGCUGAAAGGAAGGACUGGGAUGCAUUCCAUCCCACCCUAGUGGCAGAAGGUCUUUUUGCUUUUGCUAAUGUUCUUAGUUAUCUGCGUCUCUUCUUCAUGUACACAACCAGCUCUAUUCUGGGACCACUCCAGAUUUCAAUGGGGCAGAUGCUACAAGAUUUUGGAAAAUUUCUGGGCAUGUUUCUCCUUGUCUUGUUCUCAUUCACAAUUGGAUUGACACAGCUUUAUGAUAAAGGAUUUACUGUCAAUGAAGAAAAAGACUGUGCGGGUAUUUUCUGUGAGCAGCAGAGCAAUGACACAUUCCAUUCGUUUAUUGGCACAUGUUUUGCUCUGUUCUGGUACAUAUUCUCCCUGGCACACGUAGCAAUCUUUGUCACGCGUUUUAGCUAUGGAGAAGAAUUGCAGUCUUUUGUGGGUGCUGUUAUUGUUGGUACCUACAACGUGGUGGUUGUGAUAGUAUUAACUAAACUCCUUGUGGCAAUGCUUCAUAAAAGUUUUCAGCUGAUAGCGAAUCAUGAAGAUAAGGAAUGGAAGUUUGCUCGUGCCAAGCUUUGGCUUAGCUACUUUGAUGACAAAUGCACACUCCCUCCACCUUUCAAUGUUAUUCCCUCCCCCAAGACUAUCUGUUAUCUUUUCAACAGUCUUAGUAAAUGGAUCUGCUCUCAUACAUCAAGUGGCAAAGUGAAACGUCAGAACAGCCUAAAGGAAUGGAGAAAUCUGAAGCAAAAGAGGGAUGAGAACUACCAAAAGGUCAUGUGCUGCUUAGUCCAUCGUUACUUGACUUCCAUGAGACAAAAGAUGCAAAGCACAGAUCAGGCCACUGUGGAAAACCUGAAUGAGCUGCGGCAAGAUUUGUCAAAAUUCCGGAAUGAAAUGAGAGACCUGCUUGGCUUUCGAACUUCUAAGUAUGCCAUGUUUUAUCCAAGAAACUAA